AUGAGUGUCCAAGAACUUGCUCGUUCCCUUGUUUCCGCUGGUUCAAUCAAGCUUCCAGGUGAUGAAGGUGAAGGGAUUUAUGUCCUAAGUGUGAGAGACGGAGACCUCGUCGAAAAGUACUGGGUGGGCGAGUCGGUAGAAGACGAGAAUGUCAUUGCUUCAGGCGUAAGAAAUGAUACUUCGGCCUCAUAUCUGCCCAGCUCUGAGCAAAUGCCUCGCCUUGUUAUUUUUAUCGACCAGGAGAAUUCCGUGAGAUGCUAUGCAUACGAAGAGGAUAUGGAAGAGUGGGAAGAGACACCACUUGGUGACAAAUGGAACAUUACGACCAGCCCAAAGAGUAAGCUCAGUGCAAUCAUGGGCCCAGAGGGAGAGAUGGUAGUCUCUUACCAGGACGAAACCGACCAUCUAGCCGUCAUAAUGAGUGCGGGUGAGAAUGAGUGGACUUCCUUCGGACCCCUUGAGGGUGAUCCCAUCGUGGGAACGCCGCAGUGUCUUGAGAUUAUCAACAAUAAGCUUCAUCUCUUCUACGUGGAGAAGGGAUCUGGGAUCGGUUACCUCGUUUUCAACUCUAGUACUGGUAGCUGGAAAGCCAGCGUGCUUGAAAACACCAAGUUCAAUACUGUUAUCGAUAAUUUUAUCGUUGCCGAAGACCCCGAAACUAGUUCUCUUCAGAGCUACUUCCUUACUGAUGGCUCCUUGUGGAAUGUCAGUGGAGGGAAAGAAAAGACAUUCUUGGGCGAGGUGAAUGAUGAUGCUAUGGGAAACGAUAAACAGCAAGACUUCACAGAUUUCGAUCUGGAAAACUUCCAGGUCCCCGUACAAUACUGGCAUCCUACUCAACAGAGAGAUGACACAUGUAUGGCCGAGCGUUUUGGAACAGACUUGUCCACACCAGCACGCCGGUGGGAAAAUUGGGUAGUUAAACUGACCUUUGAGAAGCUUGGUAGUGAAAAACAUGGCAAUGGUUUCUAUGUCAAUGUUCCUAACGCCGCCUACGAUGUAAUCCUUACAGCUGGACACAACCUCGUUGACAAACCAGAACACUACUGCUCUAAUAUUAAGAUUGUUCAAGACCCUUCUGAAGAAAAGGAUAUUGAUGUAAAACCAGAAAUGAUUCGUGUUUGCCGAAAGUACUUUGAGGAUCCAGAUGAGCUAAAGGAGAUCUACGAUUACGGGGCUAUCCUCCUAAGACGACCCUCACCCAAGCGACAUCGCGGCUUUGGAUUUCAUCUUAUGCUGGGCCUUCCACCACAACUAGGAAAAGGCGCAGCUUAUACCGAAGACGAAGACAAGGACAUUCUCCGGGGUGAAAAGGUGAAUGUCUGCGGAUAUACACCCGAGGACUCACCACCUGAUAAAUCAAAUCCUAAUAACUCGCCACGGAAAUCGGAGGGCAGAUGUAUUGGAACAAACUUACACCAACUUCGUUACGAUGCUGAUACUAAACCGGGAAUGAGCGGUGGACCUGUCUGGGUGGGAUUUCGUGGGGUUGAAACAAUUGUAGCGAUUCAGUAA